UGUCACAUCUGUUCUGGUUUUAUGCUGCUGUAUAAGCUUUGUGCAAAUAAAAAAAACAGCCUAAGAAAUUGUAAAUUAUGAAAUAAAUACCAUAGUUAAUUCUAAUCUAACACCAGAUUGCAAGCAGCAGACACCGAAGCAAAAUUGUCAUGUGGACCUAAUAGUCUUUUUUUUUUUUUAAAGCUUUGAACGCCAUCUAGUGGACAAACACGGCAAUGCCCUUGACCUAUUGAUCCAACAGACCAUAAUUUAACACCUGUGAGUGGAAGAAUCCCCAUGACUACAUCUGUGUGUGUGAAACCUAGCGGAAGGUCACAAGGUCACAACUCCCUUGACUCCCCGUUGUGUGUGUGUGUGUGUGUGUGUGUGUGUGUGUGUGUGUGUGUGUGUAGGCUGACAGUCCCCCACCCCUUUUCUCUCUCUCUCUCUUUUUAUUUUUGGACAUGACCACAAAGUAACAGAUGGAGUCCUGCGACCAAGUCACGUUGCCAAGUCAAACUGCACUUUGCAUAUUCAGCAAAUAAAAUUAAAAAAUUAAACAUAAUCAGGCAUUGGCUUAACAAUCUAAUAGUGCAGCUAAAAAUGACAUUUUCAAAAGUGGCCGCUCCACUUCGUGUAACAUCCCUACAGGAGUUUUGGAAUCUUCUUUACGCGCCAAAAAAGCGCAUCAUCACGAGCCGAGUCUUCGCCUUGACAACGGCCUGCAUCCGAGAAUAAUUCACUCGUGUUUAUUUUUAGAAGCUGUCGGGCCGCUGCGUGCUACUCUCCUUCAACACACACCCCACGUCCCUCCGGUCAAUAAUUCAUGCGCUGUAGGCCUGCAGCGAGGAGCCAGGGAGCAGGCUGAGCCGAUGGACGUACAAACAAAACGCGCUGGGUGCACCCCCGGACGAGGGGUGCAGCCCAAAGCUGUGAGGCAGCAGAGUACGCAACAUAAGGGCGGUCAACAAGCCACAGCAAUGAGGAAGCUUUACGGCCCGCAGAGAGCCCAGACACGGGCCUCCAUGACCACAGAGUACCAAGAGAGGUUCCUCCCCCCCCGCUGCCACACAACGAUUGUCACGACCUCAACACAGAAAAACCCUUACCACUCACUGAAGGGGACCAGUGCCGACAUGACCACUUUUAGGUCAUUCUUUGUUACCCACAAAUGGAUGAAAAACCCACCAAAGGCCCCACAGCCAUCUUUGCCACCCAAAGGCCAACGGAGAUGCAGCAGCGCUCCGCACAAUCAUACUUGCUCUGCAGCAAACCAGCUGGAAUCCAAGGUGGUGGACUAUACCUCAGUGUACAAAAAUGAUUUCCAAGCAUGGAAAGCUAACCAGCGUCAGCCAUACAGGCUGCACGACAACUUGAAGGUCGACCAAGGAUUAGUUGUCACAAAAAGUGCUCACAAAGGUCAAUCUGAGAAAGAUUCUGUUCAGGUGGAUGCAAACUCCAAACCAGUGGAACAGGAGGAAGGACCAAAACCAUUUGAAAGGACCACCAGCUACAAAUCUGACUACAUCACCCAUCCAAUGCCGCCCAAGACAUGCAGGAAGAAGCCUGUGAACCAAAGCAACAAAGGUCUGCUGGCUGAGCACACAGAGUCCUUCGGGCCAAAGUUGGCUUGGCAAAUGAACCAGGAAGUUUUUAAUGAAGCCAGCGAAUUCUUUCAGCAAUUUAAGACCUGGUCUCUUGAAACCAAGUUCUGCGGCCAAGGUAAAGCCAAAGUGUCCAGUCCACCAGCAGGUCACAACGUGUUUCUCUCCACAACACACGCAGACUACACACCGCACGAGUGCCAGCGCACCAAGCCAAUCCUGCCAUCUGUGCAAAACAGUGAGAAAAGCAAGGAGCCAUUUCCUUCAGUGACAACCAUGAAGGAGGAUUACAAAGCUUGGAGCACACCACGACGCCUGCCCAUUGUCCGCAAAGGAGAGAUGGAAUGGCCCAUGAAAACCCCAAAUUCAGUGUGCACACCUAAGCCGUCUGAGAACUGCAAAACAAACCCGAAACCCUGCAGCCCCCAUCCCAAACUGAACGAGCCUGCUGUCUGUAAUUCCAGCUGUAACACCACAGAGAAACCUCAAUUUCCUGCUGAGAAUGGAGGGUUUUCCGGCUUCGGAUGCAUUUCCACGGGGCCUGAAGAAUCCAGGAUGUACUGGUCCACCUCUUUUGACAGAGGAGCGCCUUGGCCUGAUGGUGACACUUGUGAUGACCCAUCUCAGCCCCACGAAACAAUAAGCUGCAUGGUUUCUAACAGAAGCUAAGGCUUCCUAGAGACCAAGCCACUGACGGGGUGUGGUGCUGCCACACUUUACCUCAGGUAGUUUCUACCUUUACACCAAUAAAAGCCAUAAAUGGAACUGA